CACGAGAGACCAAAGCACAUACACACAGGCGAAGUCACUCCUUCUCACUGCCUUGACUCUAAGCGAGGUGGAUCGAGAGAUCGAGAGGCUGCUGUGUAGUACUAAUACGCGUGUCGACCAUGUACGGCAACGACAAGCAGUCGCUUAUGAAGCACGAAGACUACGAGCUGCACGGCACGCCAGCCACGGGAGCUAAUGACGGCGGCGCCGGCUUCUACGCGCAGGAGGGUCGUCCGACCCCCCAGCAGGGUUAUGUGGAUCCGCGCGGUCCAGCACUACCUCCCAUGAAUGUCUCGGACGCCGUGGGUCUCGGCGGUCAGCGUGACAACAUCAUUUCGGUGCACGGCUACAUGCACAAACAGGGUAAGCGCACGAUCAAGGGACCGAUCCACAAGAGUUGGAAACGCCGCUACUUUGCGCUAGAGAAGGCUAAGAUCUACUACUUCUACUCGCACCUGGAGUGCCGCCAGUAUUUCACCACGCGUAACGCCGAUCUGGUUGUGGGCGCCAUCGAGCUGAAAGACGCGCUGCAGCUGCGUCCGUGUGCGCGUCUCGAUCUACCUCACAAGGGUUUCGAGGUGCACACUAAGCGUCGUGUGUGGGUGCUAUGUCCUGAGACGGACGAGGAGUACCGCAUGUGGUUCCAGGGCGUCGAACGCGCCAUUGUGGCCAACGGUGCCGGCAACAUUAUCGAGCGCAAGCUGCCUAAUGUCCGCAAGUACCUGAUGAAGGGCAACCAGACAUACCGGUUCUUCUACUUCCUGUUCCUGAUCGCCGGCAUUGUAGAGCUUCUUGCUAUCGUGUUUUGGUUCGUGAUCGGCUUGGAGCCUUGCGAUGCCUCACGUCUGGAAGUUGACUGUGCCACAAUUACAAGCACGUCAUUGGAGACGCUCCGUUGCUCAAACGAGCCGUUUAGUGGCUGGUUCACCCCACCCGAUUGGUAUCUGGAGGUGGCUGACGUCGAUAACGUGAUCUGCUUCCGCGAUCCGCCUAUUCCUCAAUGGGCCUCGUACUUCGCCAUGCUGUUCGCUGAGGUGCUGACGUUCGCUCUGGGUGUUCUCUACUAUCUUGGUAUGUGGAAGCCCGUGCGUCGUGGCGCCCACUACUUCGACGAGUUCGAGCCGCCCGUCCCGGAUGAUCUGUGGCCCAAGGUCGAUGUGCUGUUGUGUCACUACUCUGAGCCGGCUGAAGAGACGAUCGACACGUUGAUGGCCUGUAUGAACCUGCAGUACCCUCCGCACCUGUUGCAGAUCUGGGUCUGUGAUGACGGUUACUGCAAGACCAAGUGGACCAAGGGCAACCCGGUCCCGACCGUGGAGCUGAACAAGGGCAUCUUGGAAACUGCGGGUGACCUCCGUCAAGAAGUGGCUCAGUUCAUGUACGACCGUGUGUGCGACCCCAACGAGGAUAUGGAGGUGUAUGCGUGGCGUAAGCUGCACUCGUCCGCCAACCUGCCGUCUCCAUCCCGUGUGAAGGUGGUUAACCGUGCUGAUUGUGCCGUGGGCUCGUUCCGUGACGACUACCGCUACCCCGGUCUGCCACACGUGACCUUCAUUGGUCGUGUGAAACCAGAAACGCAUUACUCGAAGGCCGGUAACAUCAACAACUGCCUGUACAAUGAAGGAGCCAAUGGCCGCUACCUUAUCAUCCUGGAUACGGACAUGCAGCCUCACCCGAAGUUCAUUUUGGCUACGCUUCCUUUCUUCUUUGACGACGAGGAUCGCCAGGAUAAGGCUAAGUACAUUUGCUGUGGUAUCGGCUGCAACGCUGUCGCCAAGCUUUGCUGUGCCUCGUGCCAGAUUGCCGGCGUGCCAGAGGAGCAGAUCAGCUACUGCUCCAAGGACUGCUUCGAGAAUGCCAUGCACGUGCAGAGCGCCGUCCACCGUCGCCAGGUGAACGGCACUAUGAGCGAUACUCGCGCCAGCAAGAUCGACAUGCGUUGCAUGAACUGUGAUGCCAAACUGCCCAAGAACGGUGUGUGCCGCAAGUGUGGCAACCACGGGGCGGAUGGGGAGGAUGUUUCAUCGCUCCACAACUACUCCGAUGACGUGCGCGACAACGCGGUGGCCUUUGUUCAAACGCCUCAGUACUUCCGCGAUUGCAUUCAGCUGCAGAUUGGAGACCCGAUGGGUCACCGUAACGCCACGUUCUACGAUGCUAUUCAGACUGGUCAAGAUGGCUACGACUGUGCGUCUUUUGCCGGCACGAACGCUAUGUUCCGUCGUGAAGCUUUGGACUCGAUUGGUGGAAUCCAGUACGGUAGUCUGACGGAAGAUUGCUACACUGGUCAGGUGCUGUGCUCCAUGGGCUGGAAGGCUCAGUACUUCCGUAAGGAUUUCGAGGGCGAGCCGUCAGAGCGUAUCCGUCUGGCUGAAGGACUGAUCCCUGACUCUGUGGCUGGCUCGUUGGCUCAACGUAAACGCUGGGCGAAGGGUAACUUCCAGAUCGCAUUGAUGAACAAGAAGACUCAGUACUUUGACCCGGAGUGGAAGAUGCCGGAGGCGCAAAUCCCGUCGUACCACAAGUCGAACAAGUUCAUGCGUCGCGUGUUCUACUUUAACUCGACGCUCUACCCGCUUGGCUCGAUCACGGCUAUCCUGUUCUACUACAUCACGCUUUACUUCCUAUUCUCGGGCUACGCUCCUAUUUACAUGGCUGGUGCGCGUCUUGUGUACGCAUUGGUGCCAAAGCUGCUCAUACAGGGCGUGUUGUCGGCGCUGAGCAACCGUACCGUGGACAACAGCGAUGUCAUUCGAUCGCAGGAGGUGUGGUUCGCCUACGCGUUCACCAACUGCACGGCCGUGCUGGAGGCGUUCUGGUGGAAGAUCACGGGCAAGGAGCCCAAGUGGUUCAACACGGGCGGUGCCAGCCGUGGCUCUACCGCAGAGCUACCGAACGUCAUCAUCUUCUUCGGAACCGUCGUGGGUGUACUGUGGUCGGUUGUGCGCUUCCUGGCUGGGUACAACAGCAUCCAGACGUCGCACGGCGCGUCACUGCUCUUCGCAAGUCUCAUGAUGGGUCUAUUCAUCGCCGUAAAGCUUGCGCCGAGCGUGCGUAUGAGCAUCCAGGAAUAUUUUGGCUGGAGCUACGAGAGUCUGAUGGACCAGGGUAACGUUGUGGGCUCGAUCUCGAUUGCCUUUGGACUCAUCUUCAUCACGCUGUGGGUCUGGAUUGAGCAGCCGACGUCGAACCCCUUCUAAAAAGGGAGGAAGCAGCAGCGCAUGGCCUUAGGCCAUCCAGGACCUAGGAUGUCGCAUCGAAGGCAGUACUGUAGUCUACGCCGAUAUUCAUGCUUACGUGCUUGAUUUUCAAUAUAUUUUUCGCUUCUAGCUUGGU